CCUAUGCUUUUACAUACAGUACAGUGAAGUAGAGUAGCGAAGCGAUUGUUUUCUUUUGUUUUUAAAUUCUUUUGUGAAAUACUUUAAGCCAUUAUUCUCCGGAAUAAAAGAAUGAGUGGAAAAGGUGCAAGAAAGAUUUGCCAGGUGAAUGGCUGCAGUAAUAGCCAAUUUAAGCUUCAACAAUGGAAAAACGAGUUGUGUCCCAACCAGGGAUUUUUUCGCAAGGAUUGCUCCUGUUGUAUUCAGUCAGCCCUACCAGCUCCAUCGGUUUCCACAAGCCCAUCGUCAAGAAUGGGUGAAAAAUUUAAACACAAAAUUAACUCUCAACGAUCUUAAAGAUUAUCACAGAGUUUGUUCUGUUCACUUUGUUGAUGGAAAGCCGUCAAAAGGACAUCCAUAUCCGACGCUGCACAUUGGAUAUUCUCUACAUAGUAAUUGGAAACUAAGUCCAGGAAGGCGUGCUCCCCGGCAGCGAACUCGUGUCCAAACAAAAAUGGACACAAACGUAGAUGUUCACAAUAAGGUACCACCGGAUGAAAGGAUGGAUGUAGAAAUAGUACAGCCAAUGGACGUCGAUGUGGAGCCAAAAUACAAAGACGUGUCAACACAUACCACCAAACUUGCCCAACUUUUCCUUGGUUAA